AUGGUUCACUUCAAGCUAAUCUAUUUCCCUUUGAGAGCUCGUGCUGAAAUCGCCAGACAACUUUUUGCAUAUGCCGGAAAGGAUUAUACUGAGGAAGUUGUUACUUUCGAGCAAUGGCCUGCAUUGAAAAAUAGCACUCCAUUUGGACAGCUUCCAGUGCUAGAGGUCGAUGGAAAACCACUCGGACAAUCAUAUGCCAUUGCUCGUUACCUGGCCAAAGAAUUCGGACUCGCUGGAAAAACCGAUGUGGAAGAAGCUGAAGUCGAUGCAAUUGCUGAUCAAUUCAAGGACUAUUUAAAUGACGUUGUUCCAUACAUGUCGGCAGUUGCUGGAUUUAAACCAGGAGAUGUUAACCAACUAAGAACUGAUGUUUUCGUUCCAAACUUCAAAAAGCACUUUGCCUUUUUUGAAGGAAUCCUCGCAUCCAAUCCAAGUGGAUUCUUCGUUGGGAAUUCGUUGACUUGGGUGGAUUUGUUGAUCUCACAACAUGUUCAAGAUGUUUUGGAGAAGGAUUUAGCCGUUGUUGAGGAAUUCAAGAAAGUGCAGGCUCAUCGCAAGCUGGUUCAGGGGCUCGACAGAAUCAAGCAACACAUUGCAAGACGUCCAGAAUAUCCAUUCUAA